ACUACAAAACCCUAGAGCCCCCAAUAGCGAAACUGAAAAAACCUGAGCAAGAGGGCGAAACAAGCAGCCCAAAGUAAAGCUUAAGCAUGGCAAAGUCAUUGAGAUCGAAGAGAGAGAAGCGACUAAGAGCCAUAAGGAGAGACCUGGUAGAGCCCUUAUACGAGAAAAAAGAUGUAGCCAAGCUCGCUGCUCUAGAAGCUGCUCUUGCUGCUCCCAAACUGCCCGUUAAAUCUUCUCCUUUCGCUUCCACUUCUUCUUCUUCCAUGGAGACAACCACUACUGCCUCAAAUACCAACAUGGAUGUGGAAAUGGCUGAUGACAGUCAAACCAGGAGUACAUUGAAGCCCAUAGGGAAGAAGCUAAAAAAGAAAUUCAAGCUGGGAAAGAACAAGCGUGGCGGUAAGGGGAAGAUCAGGAGGAAGCAUAUUUAAUUCUGUAAACUGAUAAAGGAUCAUGUGUUUAUUUUCUAAUAUUUGCUUGACCUGGUGAAAUGAUAGUUUUUAGGUUGGAAACUACUUUGUUACAUUCUGAUUAUAUUUUUCAGUCUAAAAAAUUUUUGAUCA